AUGUCACACUCAGUGCGCACCCCUGGACUGUCCCGGAGGCUGUCCUCCCAAAGUGGGACAGCAGGCAGAUCCAGGGGCAUGUCUGCUUCCAGUGUUGGAAGUGGCUAUGGAGGAAACACAUUUGGCUUUGGAGCCAGCAGUGGGGGAGGCUUUUCUGCUGCUUCCAUGUUUGGUUCUAGUUUGGGCUUUGGUGGUGGCUCAGGAAGUUCUUUGGCAGGAGGGCUGGGCAAUGGUUCUGGGGGAGCCCUGGGAGGAGGCUUUGGAGGGCUAGGAAUUGGAUUUGGGGGAAGCUCAGGAGGUGGCUUUGGAGGGCUAGGAAUUGGAUUUGGGGGGAGCUCAGGAGGUGGCUCUCUAGUUAUUCUCUCUGGCAAUGAUGGCGGCCUUCUUUCUGGAUCAGAAAAAGAAACCAUGCAAAAUCUGAAUGAUAGAUUAGCUUCCUACCUGGAUAAGGUUCGAGCUCUAGAAGAAGCUAAUACUGAGCUAGAAAACAAAAUUCGGGAGUGGUAUGAAACACGAGGAACAGGGACUGCAGAUUCUGAGUCACGGAGUGAUUACAGUAAAUACUACCCACUGAUCGAAGACUUCAGGAAUAAGAUCAUCUCCGCCAGCGUUGGAAAUGCCCAGCUCAUGCUGCAAAUUGACAAUGCAAGACUGGCUGCUGAGGAUUUCAGAAUGAAGUAUGAGAAUGAGCUGGCCCUGCGCCAGACCGUGGAGGCCGACAUCAGUGGGCUGCGCAGGGUGCUGGACGAGCUGACCCUGGCCAGAGCCGACCUGGAGAUGCAGAUCGAGAACCUGACUGAAGAGCUGGCCUACCUGAAGAAGAACCACGAGGAGGAGCUCCAAAGCUUCCGGGCAGGUGGCCCAGGCGAGGUCAGCGUAGAAAUGGACGCUGCCCCCGGAGUGGACCUCACCAGGCUCCUCAACGACAUGCGGGCGCAGUACGAAGCCAUCGCUGAGCAGAAUAGGAAGGACGCGGAAGCCUGGUUCAUUGAAAAGAGCGGGGAGCUCAGGAAGGAGAUCGGCACCAACACCGAGCAGCUCCAGUCCAGCAAGAGCGAGGUCACCGACCUAAGGCGCGCGGUUCAAAACCUGGAGAUCGAGCUCCAGUCCCAGCUCGCCACGAAGAAAUCCUUGGAGGACGCGUUGGCUGAAGCCGAGGGCGACUACUGCGGCCAGCUGUCGCAGGUGCAGCAGCUCAUCGGCAACCUGGAGGCGCAGCUGCUCCAGGUGCGCGCGGACGCCGAGCGCCAGAACGCGGACCACCAGCGGCUGCUGAACGUCAAGGCCCGCCUGGAGCUGGAGAUUGAGACCUACCGCCGCCUGCUGGACGGCGACGCCCAAGGUGAUGGUUUGGAUGAAAUUUUAUCUGUGACAGACUCCAAAUCUCAAGCCCAGUCAAUUGAUUCCUCUAAAGAUCCAGCCAAAACCCGAAAAAUCAAGACAGUUGUACAAGAGAUGAUAAACGGUGAGGUGGUCUCAUCCCAAGUUAAAGAAAUUGAAGAACAAGUGUAA